AUGUCCAGUACGGAUCAUUCGUCGAAGAAAGGUAGCGAUGAUGCCGGCUCUAAGCAGGUGUCUAUUGCUCGGCCCCGUGUUCGAGGGAUUGAUUUACUAAGGGAUCCCAUUUUAAACAAGGGCAUGGCCUUCACGCUGAAGGAGCGACAGCUCCUGGGAAUACAUGGCCUGCUACCUCCAGCCAUACUUGACCAGGAUAACCAGGUGUACCAGGUGAUGCAGAACUUCUUUAGGUGGGAGAAUGAUCUGGAUCGAUUCAUCUACAUGAUUGGCCUUCAGGACAGGUCAGAGAAGCUCUUCUACAGGGUCAUCAGUGAGAACAUUGAGUUGAUGAUGCCGAUAAUAUACACACCAACAGUCGGUCUGGCAUGUCAGAAGUAUGGCAUGGUUUUCCGGAAACCUAG